AUGUCAGUAGCUACUGAAAUUGCUCCAAGGGUGGAUAAUCUGCCCCACAUGACGGAUAUCCAUACUUCUGAGCCCUCGAUUCCGAAUCUUUCCUCCGAACAAUCACAAGAAGUUCUUGUUGCCCGUCUGUCGGAGCUGGUCAAGGCUGAGCCAGUCAUUCUAUUUAUGAAAGGAACACCAAAAUCGCCGGUGUGUCGUUUCAGUCGGCGGAUCGUUCGACUCUUAGGCGACCACAAAAUUCCGUAUAGCACAUUCAAUGUCCUAUCUGAUGAGGAUGUCCGUCAGGGACUGAAGUGGUUUAGCGAAUGGCCUACAUUCCCUCAACUAUGGGUCGAUGGUGAGCUAGUCAGCGGACUGGAUAUCGUACGAGAGGAGUUUAACACCAAACCCGACUAUUUAAGUGAGCAUACCGUGGAGGGUGAUGUCGCUUUCAAACAUGGUCCGAGUAUCUAA